AUGGGCGAUCUACCGAGCGAGCGUGUUCGUGGAUCUUUGAGACCACUUACUUCUACUGGGGUAGAUUACGCAGGCCCGUUGCAAGUACGUGAAAGUCGUCGACGCGGUCUAGUUCACACAUUAAAAGUGUGGAUUGUUGUAUUCACCUGCUUCGCGACAAAGCCAGUUCAUCUGGAGCUUGUUACGGAGUUAACAUCAGAAACAUUCUUGGCAGCACUACGGCGAUUUGUCGCUAGACGUGGCGUUUGCUCACAAAUUAUAUCCGACAAUGCUACCAACUUUGUUGGCGCAGUUCGAGAAUCAAAAGAAGUUUUCGAGUUUCUCGAAAAAGAAGAAAACACGAUAUCGGAGCAUCUCUCACAACAAAAAAUCACCUGGAAGUUUAUCCCACUACGGGCACCGCAUUUCGGCGGAGUGUGGAAGGCGGCUGUCAAAACUACAAAACGACAGCUUAAUACAGUUACCAUGGGCUUGGUCUCAACGUUCGAAGAGUAUUAUACUCUUUUGGUCGAAAUCGAAUCGAUCCUGAAUUCCCGACCGUUGACUCCACUAUCCAGUGAUCCCAAUGAUACAACUGCCAUGACCCCUGCCCAUUUCCUUAUUGGGGACACACUCAUAUUGCCUGCAGAACGUAACUAUCUUGAAACAUCCGACAACAGACUGUCGCGAUGGCAACUCCUUCAAAAGAGACGAGGCAAGUGGUGGACAAAAACCAAAAAUAUCGAGAUCGGAGCUCUCGUGCUUCUAAAAGAGGACAACGCUCCACCACUUCAGUGGAAACUUGGACGAGUCGUGGAGAUCCAUCCGGGCACUGACGGUGUUGUGAGGGUGGUAGCAGUGAAGACUGCGACGGGAACCUUCAAGCGGGCGGAAAAACGUUUCUAG